UUACACAUUCUUUAAGCAGAGGCUUUGCAUUUUGAAAAGGAACUGGUAAGCUUCGGUGAUGUAUGCUAAGUGUUUCUGAGAAACCUUCAACCUCAGCAAUGCUCUCUGUUAGAUGUUGAGAGAACCGUGUUAGUUUGGCAGCUACAGCAAAUUGUGAUCAUCACUAACGAUGGCGUACGGUGGAAACUUGAAUGACAACAUUUGUGAAAAGGAUUGUGACUAUGAAAACAUUGAAGAAGGUGAGCCUAGGCAGGAUUCUUUUCAGCUCAUCAAAGAACCAGCAUUCAGUGUCCUGGGGUAUCCUGAAGCCAUACAGAUGGGAAUGAUUACAGAAUACUCAGACACCUCUGACAAUACAUCAACAAGCAGCAGUGAAGGAAGCAAACAAUCGCUUCGCAGAAAACCGACGAGGUCUUUGGAAAGAAAAAACUGGUCAGCCGAAACGAGGAGGGUGCUAUCCUCUAUGCCCAGCCGUAAAUCUGGGAUGCACAGUUCUGCAGGUUUAGCCUUACAAGGCAGACAAACACAUGCAAUACAGCAACACCAGACCUCAUCCUGUGACUCCAUUCUUACUGCGAGACUGACCCAUGAUUGUAUCAUUCAACCCGAGUUGGAGGAAAUCAGUACUGGAGAGAGAGCAGAAAAUGUAGCUGGUUCAAGCUUGUGCGGCGUUGGAGACCAUAUGGAGCAGUUGCUGUCACAUCUCAGGGGCCUCACUGUGAGUGAAGGUAUGCGAAAGCUGCGGACCACACCACUCAGCCUGGCGGACAAGAGGGAAAUCAGGAAACAUUAUUUCAGCCAUUUAGCUGAGAAAUCACUCAUCAGAAAGAAGCUCCCCUGCUACAAUCUCCAGUGUGUAUACAUCUCGAGGAUGUGGCACCAUUGCACAUUCAACGGACUUCCUUUCCUCAGCUACCUGAAGCUGUGGAACUCUUCCAUGAAAAAGCUGAGUGGACGUUAUGGAACCGGAGUUCUCUCCUAUUUCCUUUUUCUGCGAACCCUCCUGUCCAUCAAUCUGCUCCUGUUCAUUAUCACCUGUUUGUUUCUGGUCAUUCCUCAAGCCAUCCACUCUCCUCCUAAUGAUUCUCUUCAACACUCUUUCGCAGCCCUUAAUCUUCUCACAGGCACGGGUUACCUUUCUGAGAGUUUAAUGUUUUACGGUUACUACUCAAACAUCACAAUUGAAACUAACCAUCCAGCUGGCAAUGCAGUUACACAGCUGGUGCCUUACAGUAUACCCACAGCCUAUUUCUUUACCAUCACGGUUUCUUUCUUUAUUAUCUGCAUCCUUCUGGUUUACAGUAUGUCAAAGUCCUUUGGGAGAAGUUUUCGGGUGUUCAAACCCCACGGAAAUCUGUCUGAAAAGGUUUUUUGCUUUUGGGACUUUAAAGUCAGCAAGAAGUCAUCUAUCAGACUUCAGUCUGAGAAAAUCAGCACUCAGCUCAAAGAGCAACUAUCUGAGCUGACCAGUGGAGAAGAUGAAAGGAGCCCCAUGCAGCGGUUCUGCAACCUUAUAGUCCAUUUCAUAGCAUGGCUCAUUUGUCUGGCCAGCAUCUUCCUCAGCGCCUGUGGUGUCUACUUCUUAUCCAAGAACACCAUCAGUUCAGAGUAUGUGACUCUUAAACUAUUGUUGACGUCUGCAGUGGUGUCUGGCAUCAACCUGUUGCUGCCUGGCAUCUUUAAUUUAUGCUGUUGGUUCGAGAAGCACAACUCUCCCAUCACACGUGUGUAUGUCUCCAUCUUCAGGAACCUGCUUCUGAAGAUCAGCAUUAUUGGAGUGCUGUGUUACCAAUGGUUUGGUAAAAUUGCUGUGAAACAAGACCAUCAAGCUCUGGAGUGUUGGGAGAAUUUUGUGGGGCAGGAACUUUACCGUCUGCUGUUGAUGGACUUCCUCUUCACAGUGCUUUAUACUUUUCUAGGGGAGUUUCUAUGGAGGCUUUACUCCAAGAAAAUGUUAAAGAAGAACAGAAAGCCAGUGUUUGACAUUGCGCGUAAUGUGUUGGAACUCAUAUACGGACAAACUCUUACUUGGCUCGGAGUGCUGUUUGCUCCUCUUCUUCCUGCGGUCCAAAUCGCAAAGCUGUUUUUACUGUUUUAUAUGAAAAAGAGCAGUCUAAUGCAUAAUUGUCAGGCAUCCAAAAAGCCUUGGAGAGCCACUCAGAUGACAACACUGUUUAUUACGCUGCUCUGCUUCCCUUCAUUUGUUGGUGCUGCAGUUUCUGUCGGUUACACAAUCUGGAUGAUCAAACCUUCACCAGGAUGUGGCCCUUUCAGAAACCUAACCAGCAUGUUUGAGUCCGGGAGGCUGUGGGCCAAGAAGAUGAAGGACUCUCACCAGAUUCUAGCAUGGCUGAUUAGAGCAUACAACACUUUUUUAGAUAACCCAAUCUUCUUGUUUCUGCCAACUGGUAUCUUUCUAUUGGUGAUAUAUUUCCAUGCGCAGGUAGUGGAUGGCCAAAGGAAAAUCAUUAGAAGGCUUGAAAAGCAGAUUGAAAAUGAAGGUAAAGACAAAAAGUUCCUCAUCAGCCAACUACAAUAUUUGCGUGAAAAAAAUAAUCAGGAUUCCUGUCAGACAUGAGAGAAAGAUAUUUCCCUGUUGCCCUACUGUUUAACGGUGUUGUCAUUCUUAAGAUGCAUGUGACAUAGAGACUUAUGAAUGUCAAAGCAAAGAAUUGAAAAAUAAGUAGCAAAGACAUUUGUGAAGUUCUGAUAUACUUCUGGAUUUCUAAAAUGAAAUGGUGAAAUAGGCUGACUUCUGCAUGUAAUUGUAAAAUAAACUUUGUGUUUUAGGUACAACACAUUUUUUACCUUUAUGUUGAGUUUAUACAUGUAAUGGAAA